AAUUUACUUUCUCACAGGAGACAGGCGCCGCCCAUGCGCAGUGGGGCGGGUCCAGAUGCUGACGUUUCUCCAUGUCAGUGAUUUAGCAAGAAGGAAGUACUUUGCUUUAGGAUUUUCCUUCCACAAACCUCCACAUAUAGAGACUGGUAUAAAUAUGUCAGGUCCAAUGGAGCUGCUGGUCACAGUCAAACUCGUCGGGGUUCAAGAUGUUGGGGGUCAGUCAGCUGAUGUUGGGCCUCGGCUCGCUGCUGAUCUUCAACCACCGCGCUUCCUCCACUAGAUGCGUCGACGUGAAUGCGUUCAACAACAGAGCUACCAAGCUUCAGGUAAUGCUGAAGAGCCUGAGCGGAAACGUGCCGCUGCGGGACGCCACGACGUGCGAGCAGGCAGCCAGAGAAAUGCGCGACGGUGCGCUGAGCCACCGCGCGCUUUCCCCGUGGAAGUUCAGCCAAGACCGAGACAACAACAGGUUCCCUCCUGUGAUCAACGUUGCUGAGUGCCUUUGUCGGGGCUGCAUCAUCAACCAGCGUGAAGAGCUGAGCUACAACUCCGUGCCUGUUUAUACAACGCUGAUGGUCCUGAGGAAAACUCGGUGCCCGAGUGACUCCAGCAAGUAUGAGGUGAAAAAGGAUUUUAUCAGAGUCCCUGUGGCCUGCACUUGUGCUGUGCCCAAAUACGGAUGAUGAUCGAAGAAUCAAACAGUCGGUGCUGAUCUCUCUCUUAUUAACCACAUUAAUCUAUUUCUAUGUGAUGUAUUACAGUGUCAUUAGUCAGAGUUAUUUAUCACAGUUUUAUGUUUGUUUGUGGAAAAUGUUAGUAGGAAUCACUGAUUUUAGAAAUGUCAGUUUAGAAGGUGCUCCAUGCAGGGUCACAGUGAAACCAGAACUCUGGGGUCAUUUCCAGAAGUAAGAAUUUAAAAUCACAUAUCACAUUUAUCUAGACACGGAUAGCAGACUUAGCCAUGCUAACAGCAUGGCAUAAGGGAUGGCAGUGUAAGUUCAGCAGUCAGUCAUGACAUUUCAGCCCCCCUUUAUAGCAAAUAACUAAUUAAAACCAAACUGAUCAGAAAAAUUAACAUUUAAACAUAAAUCAGUGUGAUAAGAACUACAUAAAAUGACAGAAAACAUCUCUGGAAAAAUUUAUUUGACGUGUACUAUGAGUUAUGCGUUUGGCUCGUGUCCCCUCUGCUAAUCAAUGAUGCUUAUUGCAUGUAUGUUUCUAUCAGCAGGAUGGUUCUCCCUUGUGAGGUCCUGCUCAAGGUUUCUUCCUGUUAAAAGGGAGUUUCUCCUUGCCACUGUGUGCUUGCUCGGGGAUUCAGGCUCUGGGUUUCUGUAAAGCACCUAGAGACAGUUUUGACUGUAAAAGGUGCUACAUAAAUUGAAUUGAUUUGAAUUACUAACUAAGGAUUGCUAAGGGGUUUAUGAGCUGUACUGCAGCCGGCCACCAGGGGGCGAGGCAAAUGUUUUGGCUCCACUUUCGGGGAGCUCUCAUGAAUUUCCCCACUGUGGGACUAAUGAAGGCCUACCUUCUCUUAUGUUAACAUAAUGUUAGGCUACACCAUUACUACUAACUAACAUUGUUGUUCGGCUUAAUUGUAUUUUCUGUUUACUUUGAAAGGUGUGCAGGAGUGAGAAAAUGGCUAAAACUAAUGUGACAGACUGUUGUGACAGUCAGUAAAUUGUUUGUCAUUUUCCUUGCCCCACACUGAUGCAGAAAUACCAGUGAUUAUUAUAUAUAUUUAUAUAUUGUGUAAACUGCAUAUUACUCCAUAUACUAUAAGCAUUUUAACUCUCAAGUAAAAACACUGAUUCUCUGGUUAAAAGGUUGCUAUGACCUCGUGAACGGGCACUGCAAUAGUUUAUUCAAAUCGCCAUCUUUUCAGCCUUACCUAAGCAAUACUUUCACACAACAGCAACAACAAUAUGCUCUUCACUGGAUGAUAUACUUUUGUAGUAGUUUGCACCGAUCAAUGUGAAAAAAUGUAUCAUCAUAUGACAGCAGCUAGAAAUAAAACAGUUAAAAGAGUAGUUUUACAUUAGUAGACAUUUUGGGAAAUACACUCUUUAACUUUCUUGUCAAGAAUUAAAUGAGAAGAUCAAUACGUUUCUGCACAAAUGAAGUCACAGUUGGCACACGCCGCCAGCCAGUCGCAGGGCUGACACACACAAAGUCAGACAGACCACACACACUUACACCGAGAGGCAAAGUAUGCACAGGGAGAACAUGCAAACUCUGCACAGAAGGACCCAGACCGGGAUUCGAACCCUGUUGCGGUGAGGCGACGGUGCUAACCAUUGCUCCACCAUGCCACCCCAUGUAAAUACUCAAGUACAACAAUUGAGUAAAUGUAUUUAAUUCAAGCGCCUCUGAAGCUGGCUAGUUGAUAUUUAUUAUACGCCAGAUGUAAAGAACAGAACCUGUUGCCUUUGCACAGAGACACGCUGGCUGUUUCCAGUCUUUAUGCUAAGCCAAGCUAACCGUCUCUGUAGCUUCACAUUGAACUGACACACAUGAGAUCCUUAUAAUCUCAUUCUCCGCAAGAAAGUGAAUAAGUGCAUUUCUCAUAAUGUCAAGCUGUUUCAGUGAAAUCGGACAGUAUUAGGCACAUGCAUGUUAUGCACACGUAAUGUGUACGCAUACACAGGUUACUUUAAUCCUGAAACCACACUUUGAUGAAUUACUUUAGCACUGUAAGGGUCCCAUUAGACAGAGGACGACACUCUUUUUUUGUUUGAGCAACAAGAGCAAAUAAAAGAAAUGGUGCAGUGGGUUUUUAUAAACUGUGGCACAUCAACUGAAUAGUUUGAAUUAAAGAAUCUACACUACACUGCACUAAUUUGCAUCCAGGCCAUCUGUUUCUUGUUCAAGUUGUAAUAAAUGUGCACUUUAAGCAGCUAGCAAAAGCCCGUCUGAUCGGUCCUGAAAGCAUCAAACUCCUCAUUGAGUACUGGAGCUUGUUAAAGUUUUGUGGUGUGGGAUUUAAAUGAAGUAAGCCUCAUAAGGCUAAAUGUGAAGAUUCCUACAGGGAUUUUAUCAUUCUCUCAGCGAGGUUUUUUUUUUAUAUAUGUUUUUAUUUAUACAGUAUUUUUUAUUGUGAUCAAAGGUAAUUUAGAUUUGAUCACUGUGAAGGGGCCAGUAAACUAAGCUGUGUUUGUUUUAAAACUCUAUGAAUGUUGGUCUCUGUUGGACAAAAGGUGUAAGACGCCUCUGAAUGUCAGAUUUGUUCCUUGGCCCAAGUGAAGUAGUUGAGUUUAGGAUUAUUAUUUUGUCUUGUUUGAAUUGUGAAAGCAUGAACAAUUGACUUCUUUGCUGCUGCUCAUUUCGUCUGAAAUAUUUGUUCAACUCUGUCCAUAUUCUUUUUCAUUUGCAACCAUGCACUUUUUUUAACCAAAAAUAAUUUACCUAAAAUAAAGAGUUUCUAUGA